AUGCAUAUGCUCUACUAUAUGGGCCUGGAGAACCUGAUAGAGCUCGCAACGGGUGAGCGCAGGGCAAGUGUCAAAUGGGCCUCAGAGAUCUACCCCGAUAGUGUUGGUAGAACACCCUUACACUGGGCCGCAGCAAAUGGGCAUGAGAGGAUAGUGGCCAGCUUUCUACAGAAGCAUUCCGAUCUGCAGGAAAAUCUCUGCACCCCCGAAGUCUCCAAAAGCUCACCGCUGGCAUUAGCCGUUGAUUACGGGCACAUGGGAAUCGUUGAGAUGUUGUUGAAGAAUUCCAAAGGACAGAAGGAACAUAUCCAGUUACUCGAGCUGGCAUCCUCAGGCGGUCACUUGGAGCUUGUUAAGUUGAUCUUUAGUCUUGGUGUUGAUAUCAAUAUCAAGGUUGGUGAUUUUGGCUCUGCCCUUCACGCCGCUGCAUAUGGAGAUCACAUCGAGAUAGUCCACUGGCUUGUGAAACAGGGGGCCAAGGUGAAUGAGAACCAUGGCAAACAUGGCACCCCCCUACAGACAGCUGCAUUCGAGGGAAACCCCACCAUUGUUGCGUUUCUCUUGGAACAUGGGGCGGAUGUCAACUCUACCGGGGGCUGUCACGGGAGUCCUCUUCAGGCGGCAGCCUAUAGAAACUGGAUGCAGAUUGCGACUACCCUUAUCGAAUACGGUGCAAAGGUCAAUGCUGCUGGAGGAGAUCAUGGAAGCCCCUUGGGCGCUGCCAUGUACUCUGGCCACACCGAUAUGAUUAAGCUUCUCAAGGCUAAGGGCGCCCGCCCAACCGACAACACCACCCUACGCAAGCCCUCAAUAUUGGAUCAAGCUACGGUUUCUGCAAUCGCCCAAAUAGGCGGUGAGUUUCAGAAGGGAAAGAUGGAGGUUGUUGAGAAGAGAGUGGAAAAGGUCGCCAAGGAAUUCUUUGUUGCUAUCGCCUCGGGAAACGAAAGAACACUCCGUGUACUUCUCCAGAUUGGCCUCAGAACAUUCAAGGUUGCGCUCAAACUGCAAGGAGCCGAUGCCUUGCUUCUCCUGAUCGUGAAAACGGCACUCAUGAUAUUGGAAGAUGUUGUUGCAAACGAGUUCUCCGCCGGUAUAGAUAUUAUCACACGGCAGUACAGGGAUGCUUUGUACUACGCUCUUGACCAAGGCAGGACCUCCCUGGUUGAGACAUUGCUAUUUGACUGCUCAAAUGCCUUCCGUACCUACCUAGAGGCCGGGGAGGAUGAAAAAGCCAAGAACAUCAACAUCGGCGGCAUGGAACUCCUCUUCACGGUUGUUAGGGCAGGGAGAAGAGACGUAAUUGAGAUGAUUGCUAGGCAGUGGGUCGGUAUUAUUGAAGCUCUCAUGGGCGAGCAGCACGAAGCGAAGUUUAUCGGGAUCAUUAAAGGAUUCGCUGAGAAAUGGGUCAUCGCUGCUAGUGAAAGAAAUACCGGUAUAGUCCUGACUUAUGGUAGAGCUGCCAUGGAGGAACUCCUCGCCGCCGUUUCAACGGGUAAAAAACAGUUCGCCAACCGUCUUUCAAAUGUUUGCAGCGAAGCAGUUCAAAAGGUCUUUGAUUCCAAGGAAAGCGAUGUCUGGCUUGUCAAUCUCUUCAAAGAGCAGAUCUCCGAGCUUCAGCUAUCACAGUGUGAUGAUAAGGAGCUGAGCAGAAUAUGCGCAUUCAGCAUUGAAUUCUUGCUCGCCACAGAGAGAGUGGGUCGGAGUAGACGGAACUGCCAAAUCGCACAGAAAAAAUGCCUAGAAAUAACUGUUCCUAUCCUCAAAGAUCUUGAACAUCGCGGUUUGCUGGAUACUCUGGAGAAUACUACGCGAACGGCCCUCCAGGACAAGCUUUCUGAUUGCGUUGAUGCGACCCAGGUCAAGCAUGUGCAAAGGGAUAUCUCCCGAGUUUUGUCAGCGAUCAUGAAAUUACACAGUCCGGCAAUCAAGGAUUCCUUAUCCCGCAUUACUCAGCGUAUCGAAGAAUGCACAAAAGACAUCAUCAGGACCAGAUGGGGAGAAUAG